CGCCCCUUCUGCGGAUUCACAGCGCUGGACUGCGCAGGAAAAGCGCAAAACUAACUGCGCUAAUGUUGCGCCUGAGUGACGCUUUUAAUGAGGUCUGUGUGUAGUCAACAAGCAUGGCGGAACCCACUGUCCGUAUGUCGGGGAUUGUUUUAUCCUCACUAAUGUUCCAGCAUCUCAACAGUGAUUCAGAUGUGGAAGGUCUCAUUCUUGGAGAGAGCAGAUUUGAGGAGCAGGUCACCAUAAGUGAUACUCAGUCUGAUCACAUUCAUAUAGAAGAAAUAUACAAUAUUCAGAAGCACAUAGCCUGCCAAAAACUGCAGAAUUUUUAUAACAGUGUAGGAGAGGUGGACCAGGAUGCAAUAAAAAGGAUUUUGGCAGACAACAAGCAGGAAAGUGUGAUUGGUUGGUACAGGCAACGGAGGAACACAGAUCAACAAAUGGCACUCCGGGAAAAGAUCGUUCACGAAAACCUCAAAAGUGUGCUGUCGAAUCCUCACAUGAUCUUUCUGCUAUUGACACCGAGCAAGUUAACGUCGCCAGGCUCCACUCACAGAACGGAAUAUGCCGCCUUCAUCUCACGCAGCAGGCAGGUCAUUAACGUUCCAGUGCUGGUGAACAACCUGGGUUUGCUGGAACAGGUGGCUUACUGUAAGGUGUCGGCUCUGUGCUCUGCAGUGGGCUACAACCUGACCAUGAAGAAACACAGGUCAGAAUUCUUCUCUUCAAAUGGGUUGUUGAGAGACGUGAAUGAAGUCAACAAAAUGAGUGACUCUCUUCAGUCAGAACUCCAGAAAGCAUGUGAGGACGUCGAGAAAAGUGAGCGACUGCUUGAAGCCCUGCAAGCGGAUGUUUCAGAUCUCAGGAGGAGGGUCAGAGAGAAGAGGCAGAAUGGACUGGAAAAGGAUGAUCUCCCAGUUGAGCCAAAGAGGAACCUGCUCCUGCAUGAUGCUGUCAGAGCCCUGUUUACCUGUGGACCUCUGUUCCAGUCCCAGACUUUAACUCUUGAUGCCUUUCCUGUACUUGACUUCUCCCACAGUCCUGAGCACAGUGCAAACACUGCCACAGAGAUACUCAACCCAGAAACACAGUCAUCAGAACAACCUGUGUCUGAGCUCCAUCCUGGCAGGACUGUCUCUCGUAAAAGGCUGAUAGAAUUCCAAGUAGGAAGGGAACAUAAACGCAUGAAAACCUAGUGGACUGUGGAAACAUGGUGCCACAUAUGCCUUUUUUUCUUUUAAUAAGUUCUUGAUGGUUACUUAGUGGUUCACAGAAGAUUUUUUUUUUUUAAAUCAAAGUUGUAGUUUCUAAAGGGCAACUCAAUGUUGGCCUGUAAAGUAACAGGCACAAGUUCUGCCAUCAUUAAACUGUACAGUUCCUGUCAUCUUCUCAUGUUGUGAGAAUGAUUUUCUGAUAAAAAUGUUUUUGUUAAAAUGUGUCAGUCAUUACUUCAACAACAGAUGCAACUGCAGUCUCUUUGGAGCAGGUUGUCCCAUUGCUUUACUCAAACGUGUGUAAUUAACAAUAAUAUUGAAAUAGAUGGAUUUUUGUUAUUUGUUAUGGGCUUGUCUGUGGAUUUCUGUAAGGACGGUAGAAAUGAAGACAAGAAGCUAGAGG